AUGAAUGCCUUGAUUGAUGAAUGGUUGGAUGCCUUGAUUGAUGAAUGGUUGGAUGCCUUGAUUGAUGGAUGUGCUGCUUGUGGUCAGCCUCAGGGGGAUCUGGACGGUGGCUUCCUUGUUGGUGAUGGCCGCUUCGUCCACUCCUCGCUUUUCUGGCGGUGGGUGGCAGCGGAGGAUCUGGUAGCAGUUGUGGGCAGUGGCGAUGCAGCAGUGGCUUCGGCUUCGGCUCCGGUGGCUGCAGUGGGCAGCUGCGGCGGGUGCAGCGGCUUUAGUAGCGGCAGCUCCAGCUCCGGUGGUGGCAACGGGCAGCGGGCAGCGUUGGCGGCUCCUCUGGUGGCGGUGAAAAGACCCCAAUCCCUGUGUAAUGACUAUUGUCAUUCUGGUUCAAGUAAGGUCAAAAUAGAAGGAAAGCCAUUUUGCUGCUAUGACUGUUUUUCAUGUCCAGAAGGGAAGGUGACAAAUCAGAAAGACAUGGAUGAUUGUUUGCCAUGCCCAGAAGGACAAUAUCCAAACAACAACCAUGAUUCAUGCCUCCCAAAACAGGUAGUUUUCCUGUCUUAUGAAGACCUAUUAGGAACAACUUUGGCCACUACUGCACUCAUCUUUGCUUGCAUUGCCACUGUGGUGCUUGGGAUCUUCAUCAAAUACCAGGACACUCCCAUAGUCAAGGCCAACAAUCGGAACAUCACCUACCUUCUUCUUGUCUCCCUUGUGCUCUCAUUCCUUUGCAGCUUGUUAUUCAUUGGAAAACCUGAAAAGGUGACCUGCCUUUUGCGACAAACUGCUUUUGGGAUUGUCUUCUCGGUAGCUAUUUCUUGUGUAUUAGCCAAAACCAUCAUUGUCAUUUUAGCUUUCAUGGCUUCAGUUCCAGGAUCCAAGAUGAAGAGAUGGCUGGGCAAACAGUUAGAUAAUAACAUUGUUGUUUCCUGCUCCCUCAUUCAAGUUGUUGUUUGUACCAUAUGGCUUGCAAUCUCACCCCCAUACCCAGAUGCUGAUAUGAACUUAGUGGCAGAUGAAAUCAUCCUGGGAUGCAACGAAGGCUCUACAGUCAUGUUUUACUGUGUCUUGCUAUACCUGCUUUUCCUUGCCAUUGUUGGUUUCAAUGUGGCUUUUCAAGGUCGGCAUUUACCAGACAGUUUUAAUGAGACCAAGUUCAUCUUCUUCAGCCUGUUGUGUUUUUGCACUGUCUGGUUGUCCUUUUUCCCAACCUAUCUGAGCACCAAGGGAAAAUACAUGGUAGCUGUGGAGAUCUUUUCCAUAUUGUCAUCUAGUGUAGGAUUACUAGGCUGCAUAUUUUUCCCCAAAUGCUUUGUCAUUCUACUAAGGCCUGAUCUGAAUACUAAAAAACAAUUAAUGAGAGGCAAGAAAGAAGGAAUGUAA